AAACCACUCCUCUUUAAGCUUCUUCUCAUUACAUAUCUUGGAUCCCUCUCCAUUUCCUUUUAGCUAUGUUUCUCUCUGUCUCAGAAAAUUAAGAAACAGAGCAACUUCCAUUUGUUUUCAUGGCACUCUUAACUAAUUCCUUCCAAGAUCACAAGAAACCCCUCUCCAAUAAACGCCGCAAAAAACAUCCAAACCCAACUCCCCCUCCUUCCUCCGCCCAAUCCUCAUGGGACCAUAUCAAGAACCUCAUCACCUGCAAACAGGUUGAGGUUUCUAGAGUUCAAGAGCCGGGGAAACGGUCGCCAGCCUACUCGAAGUUGGGAUCUUCUUGUAGCUCUAUAUGUAGCUUUAGAGAUGUGGUUCAUGGCAAUGCUAAAGUGGUCCAUAGAGCCGAUAACUCACCGGAAAGCAGCUCCGUCGGACAGGAAACUAGAUUACUUACUAGGAAAUCUGCAAACGGUUCUUCUUCUCGUUCUUUAACAGCGCCGACUCCGGCCAGAACUAAAAACGGUGGUUCGGGUUCUGCUUCGUACAAUUCGUCGUCUUCUAGAGGAAUACAAUUACGAAAACUUUCUGGGUGUUAUGAAUGUCACACCAUCGUCGAUCCUAGCAGGCUUCCAAUUCCAAGGAGUUCUAUAUGUCCAUGUCCUCAGUGUGGAGAGGUUUUCCCCAAGAUUGAAAGCUUAGAGCUUCAUCAAUUAGUUCGCCACGCUGUAUCGGAAUUGGGUCCUGAGGAUUCUGGUCGAAACAUCGUGGAGAUUAUUUUCAAAUCAAGCUGGCUAAAAAAGGACCGUCCAAUUUGCAAGAUCGAACGUAUAUUAAAGGUCCACAAUACCCAACGCACAAUCCAACGGUUUGAGGAUUGUCGUGACGCAGUGAAGACACGUGCACUUGGUAGCACCAGAAAAAACCCGCGAUGUGCGGCCGACGGUAAUGAGUUACUGCGCUUCCACUGCAGCGCCUUGUUCUGCGACCUUGGCUCACGUGGCUCAACCGGCUUGUGUGGCUCGAUUCCCGCCUGCGGUGUCUGCACUGUCAUCCGUCAUGGAUUCCAGUCUAAACCCGGUGGCCCCCCUGGCGUACGCACCACCGCUAGUAGUGGCAGGGCCCACGAUUCCUUCGACUGCGGCGACGGACGACGACGGGCGAUGUUGGUGUGCCGUGUCAUCGCCGGCAGAGUCAAGCGGAUCUCGGACGAUGCUGCCGCCACUGGGACGACGACGACAACGGCUACGGAAGAGGAGAAUGUGGUGUCGGCAGCGGCGGCGGCUGCCUCAUACGACUCUGUUUCACGGCACUCCGGGAUGUACUCGAAUCUGGAGGAGUUGGUUAUUUUCAAUCCAAAGGCUAUCCUUCCUUGUUUCGUUGUGAUCUACGAAGCGCUCCAAACCUAAUUAAUUAACGACCUGGUUUUGAAGAAAUAUAUGGUUGCCUUAAUUUACUUGUCUUCCUCUUCCUUUUAACUUCUCUAGCUUCUUCUUUUACAUUUUUCAAUUAUACUAUUACCCUUUUUGUGGAUGUUAAAUGUGAGUAAUAAUAAGGAUAUCUAAACAUUUAAUGAGCUCAAACAAAUUUAGAUAAGAAAUUAAGUCACUCAGAAAAGAGAGAACUUAAAAUAUUUCUCUCUAAUGUGGUUUAAUUUUUACACUAAAUUUUUUUGUCAACUCAUUGAGUCCAAGCUUAUUGUUGACUACAUUUAAUAUUUACUUAUAGAAAUAGUAUAAUUGUAAAAUUCUAAAGCAAGAAGUUAAUUUAAAACAAUAGAGACUUUGAUUAAAAAUUUAACCGUGUUAUUCCAUUGGGGUAGCUAACUUAACGUAUGUAAUGUACAAAGCUUUUGACAUUAUUGUAUUGGUAAUUGUCAUAAUUGUUUUCCUUUUAUCUAUUUAGUCAAAAGUAAAAGCUUAGUUGAAUUGUAAUAGACUUGACAUUUUCUUUAGAGAUAACUAUUUUUUUUCCCUCUGUUUUAAAGUGAAUGAAUGGCAGGCAUGAGUACGUA